AUGCACGAUCGAGUGCUUGGACGGAAUCAGAAGACUUGUCUCGACAGCUUUCAGGCUCGUAGAACAUGUUUCAUGCAAACAGACAACAAGUUAAUGUGCUCCAGUAAACAUUCAAUUCUGGCCGCCUCUGUACUCGGCCGAUCGGAGAGGCAAACGUUUGGGCUGGCGCAAUCCGAGGCGUCUUUUAUCGGUACCUUAUCCUAUUCUACAUCUCGACCGAGAGGCUGGCUGGCGAGGCUGGUGAAGUUGCGACGGGUAAACAACUUUUCUGUACCAGUGAUCGACUCCAAGUCGUCUUCGUCUGGUCUGCGCGAAUUGCAGACACAAUCGCUUGUCUCGGCCAUGAACUAUGGAGCACAUUAUACGCCUGUCUCGAUUGGGGGCAUGUCUGCGGCCGAGAGAAUCCACAUGAGGCAGGUGGUAGUAUCGGAACGAGCUGGGAAACAUUGA